GGCCCCGUGGCUUGGUGCAGGCCCCGCCCCUUCCCAUCUGCGGGGCAGCCGGAGGGGGGCCCCCCCCAGCAAGAUGGCGGUGAACCAGAGCCACACGGAAAACCGCCGCAAGGCCUACGUCCCUUACGGCGAAAGUGUCUUGAAUCAGUGUUAUGAUGUGGACCUCUCCUUCCCAGAGCAACCACCAGGAUCCAGUCUCUUUCAUGGUACAAAGAGGGGAACAUUGCUUCUCACUUCAUACCGGGUGAUCUUCGUGACGUCACACUCAGUCAGUGAUCCCAUGCUUUCUUUUAUGAUGCCAUUUGAUCUGAUGAGUAACUGUUCCCUCGAACAGCCAGUCUUUGCCCCCAUCUACAUUCAAGGAACCGUUCAGGCAGCUCCAGAUGGUGGCUGGGAAGGACAGGCUACUUUUAAAUUAUCCUUCAGAAAAGGAGGUGCCAUCAAAUUUUUCCAGUUGAUGAUGAAAGCUGCCUCUGCUGCUGCCCGAGGAGCUCCACUUCAAAGUAUAACUUACUGGUUUGGUGCUCCAGGACUGUUUAUCGUUAGUGGGCAGGGGAGCAUGACGUGCAACCACCACAGGUCUUCUCCAGUUGUUGUCCAUGGGCCCCAACCUGUGAGAUAUGGACCCCCACCAGCAGGAUAUGGAGUCCCACCAGCAGGAUACGGAGCCCCACCAGCGGGAUACGCACCCCCACCAGCGGGAUACGCACCCCCACCAGCAGGAUACGCACCCCCACCAGCAGGAUACGCGCCCCCACCAGCAGGAUAUGCGCCCCCACCAGAGGGAUCUGAAGCCCCACCUGUGGGAUAUGGAGCUCCACCUCCGAGAUAUGAAGCCCCACCUCCGGGAUAUGAAGCUCCACCUUCUGGAAAUAGAACUGGGUCUCACAAUCCUGUGGCAGCCCAGCCUGAUGGAUAUGACGCUUCUCUUCCUUCCACCUCAUCUCCUCAGCACCAUUCACCACCUUCUAAGAACUAAACCCUGAAGAUUCACCAACCAAAGUGGCACCCUAAAACUGAAGUCAGGAUAAGAAGGAGGACUCAGAGAGGAAGGGAGAGAGAUAGAAACAUGAAUGGUGAGAAAGAAUCAUUGAUAGGCUGCCUCCUGCACGCCCCUCACCAGGGAUGGAGCCCACAAACUGAGCAUGUGCCCUGACCGGGAAUCAAACCGUGACCUCCUGGUUCAUAAGUCAACACUCAACCAUUGAGCCACGUCGGCUGAGCUCGGUGCCAAGCGGUAGGAGGAGUUUCCUGUGCAUGUAGAGGCCUGAUCCUCACCACACAUCUGAGAGGUCCUGGUGAGCUCUGAGUCCCUUUUCCUGCUGCAGGCUUGAUCCCUGGUGGUCAGAGGGUCUUGAAAAUCGAUGGUGUCAAAGGUGGUAUAGUAGGUUAAAGGAGGGCUCAGAUUUCUCAUGAGUUCAGAAGAUUGGUUCCAGAUCUGCUGCUAUGUAAAUGAAG